AUGCCUCUCUUGCAUUAUGACAUUCUGUGUCUCAUAGCUGACUACCUCGAUGGAAAAGACCGUCGCCAGAUGCUGCUUGUUUGCCGGCAGUGGUAUUUGGACGCGUUUUUUAAAGCCUACGAGCGUGUUGAAGUUGAAGGCCACCAAGCCUACCGUCUAGCUCGUGCUGUCCAGAGAAACCCACAAAUCGGACGCGCGAUUCAAUUCUUGACUCUUGAAUGGUCAUCAACCCGGGAUAAAAAGAGUCGAAACAGUAUCAAACCGUUCAAGAAUACACUCCAGCAAGCAAGUCCUUCGAAUAAAUACAGGACAGAAUGGGGAAAGGAUCUAAUGAAGGGAGAUCCCGAUGCCUGGUUUGCAAUGCUGACGGUUUCACUCGAAUCUGUCCGGGCACUUACGCUUGAGUUCAACGGCUCAGCAAAAUACUUGUUAACUAUUCUCGCUCGAGCUGCCGCCAGCGAACGACCUUUUGACUCCAACCCGAUGUUGCGACGCUUGGAAUGGGUCAGGAUCCGAAAUUGCAGCGAAUUUGAUGCUCCCUUGUCAACCAUGCUUUUCCCACUCCUUGAAUUCCCAGCUUUACGCGUUUUUUCCGCGGACGGAAUAUGUGAAUGUCCAGACCAGGAUUAUUUUGAAAAUAAGAGGCUUUCCACGAGAGCGUCUGGAAUCAAGGGAAUCAAGCAACUCUAUCUUCGGCGAUGUAAUGCUAAGUUUGGAUUGAAGGAGUUCAUUGAAUCAAGUAUCUCCUUGGAGGUAUUCGACUAUCAACACCGGGACAAAGUCAUCAGGGAUGAACAAGGACACACAUUUUGCCCCAAUGCCCUUUACACAAGCCUAUACACACAGAAGCACAGUCUUCGUGUCCUUCGUAUCAACAACAAUGGUGACACCAAGCCCGCAAAGGAUUGGAUUCCAGAUGGGGAGGACAUCAACUGGGGCGCCUUUGGGUCACUUGCUAGAUUUCAUCGUCUCCGUGAACUCAGAAUUCCAUGGCGCCCCCUCAUGGGCUAUGGAAUGACUGGCUUACCAAUGGUAUCCUUGGUGGAUAUUCUCCCUUUUGGUCUUGAAUAUCUCCAGUUGGUCUAUCACUGUAGGGAAGACUUGGGCCCCAUGGUCGAAACUCUUGAAAAUUUAUUAACUCAGCGAGAAAGAUUCCCAAACCUCAAAGUCCUCGAGAUCCAGGAUGGCUUUCCAGAAUGGAUGACGCGUUCGAUGGGCUAUAGCAUGGUUUCAGUCUCCCUCUUUGUCAUCGUACACACUGGACGACUUCAUACUAUGUGUGAGCAACUGGGUAUCGAUUUCAAAUUAGUGCCGAGAUUUACAAGAGACGAGCCCUUACCUUGGCCUUUAAUUGAGGUCUAG